UUCCCCUUAGCUUAAUUCUUCAUAUUUCCCAACUGUUUUUUAAAUUUGUAGCUUUUUGAGAAAAUAUUAUUCUUCAUAUAUAAUUAAUUAUAAUUAUAUAUCCAUGGAGGAUUGGGAUUUGCAAGCAAUUGUAAAAGGAUGCAGUGGAGUAUCAAUUGGUUCUUCAACAACAACAACAACAAGGCUUAUGGAAGAUCAAAAUUUGUUUUCUUUUUUGAGAUCAGAAGAAGAUGAAUAUUUUUCUUCUUGUGUUUAUAAUAAUAAUAAUUUUCAACUUUCAAGUUCUUCUUCUUGUUCUUCAUUACUUCAUGAUGAGUUUGAAGGAUUAUUUGAAAGAAAUUCAUCCAAUAUUUACCCAAUUUUGCAUCCAAACAAUUCUCCCUCAAUUUCUCAUCUUCUCAGAGACUUUAAGGAACCAGAAGAUCAAAAGCUUCAUCACAAGAACCAAAUCCAACCAAUUAAACAGAAACAAAGCAAGAAAAGUCGACAAAAUAGGGUAGUGAGAGAGGUGAAAGCAGAUAAAGUAUGUUCAGAUUCAUGGGGAUGGAGAAAAUAUGGACAGAAACCAAUCAAAGGGUCGCCAUAUCCAAGAAGCUAUUACAGAUGCAGCUCCUCGAAAGGAUGCUCCGCUCGAAAGCAAGUCGAACGGAGCCUUUCCGAUCCCGACGUCUUUGUUGUAACCUACACGGCUGAGCACAACCACGCCGAGCCUACUCGCCGUAAUGCCCUCGCCGGGACCACACGGAAGAAGUUCCCAGCGCUCGAGAACCCGAAUUUCGACAUGAUUCUCUCAUCCAAUAAUUCUACUUCUGUGGCAUCCAUUGAAGAAGAACAUCCAAUGGAAAGUGUGGCAGAAGGGGAAGUUUUGAUGGAUAUGCCAUUUGAAUUCUUUACUAGUUUGGAGGAUUUACUUUUUGGAUAACUAGUUUUUUCCCUUUUUUCCCUUUUUUUUGAAAGAGAUUGUCGUAUGAAUAUGAAUUGACAAUUGUAAAACUUAUGAUCUCCUCUUCUUGAAAAAGAGCACAUAUGAUCAUGAUGAUAAGGGUUUAGUGGGGUGAAUGAUUUAAAAAGAAAUGAAAAAUGGUAGAUAUUUUAAUUUUGGAAUGGUUUAACUAGUUUGUAUUUUUUCAUGACGAGGUGAGAGAAUCGUCGAAUCUUUGACUUGUGAUUAAUGUAAUAUAAAUUCAUGUCAGUUGAACUA